AUGGCCAAAUUCGAAUCCCGUGCGGCCCGGGCGGCUUUGGCAACGCCCUUCGUCGUUCUGGCCGUUGCCUGCCUGUCAGCCAUGGACACAAACAAACUGAUCGCUCAACAGCAGCCGUUCCUCCAAGCCGGAAGCAUCGAGUUUGAAGAUGGAUCCAUGCCCCUUUUCGACAACUUUUACUGGCUUUCUUUUCUCGAUGAGAUGUGGCGUGGUAUCACGGUCACCUUUUCCAAUUCCUACCUCCCCCUCGAUACAAUCGGCUGGUGGCAGCUCUUUUCUUUUCUGCAUGACCUCGGCCCCAUGUACAGUGUCUGGUUUUUGGAGUCGUGUCGUGCUGGCAAUGUCCGGACUCCGGUAUACGCCGUGACCCUGUUCACAUUUAUUGCCCAGCUUCUGGGGGUGGGAAACGUCGCACCAAUGUACUAUUUCCUGCACGUCACCUUUGCCCCGUCCGCUACAUCCUUGAAGAGGUCUGCCAAGCAGCGUCUCCGCGCAGAGAAGGCAUCAUUUCUGCUCCCUCUCUUCCUUGCCCUCCACACCUUCCAGGUCAUUCGAGCGUUCACCGCGCCGGAGCCCGAGACCCGGCAGUAUUGGGUAUGGGCUUGGCAGAUGUCGCCCCUGUGGCUCGGCGUUGCGAACUCAUUGCUCUGCAGCAUGGCUGCCGGACUAGUGAAGAACAACAUCCUCGCAUCGCCGCGCUUCCUCCUCGUCUGCAUGUGCACUAUCUCGAGCGCUAUCUGGGUAUAUACAUGGUAUUCUGCCCCAUUCAGCAUGUCUGAUAUUUUUAUCCCAGACGCGGGAGUCUAUACCGACUUCAUCCGGCACACUCGGAAGGCCAUGCAGUGUGAUGAGGUUUACUCUUUUGGAAGCUCUUUCCUCUGGCUCCUCUACAUGUUUUUUGACAUGUAUGUGGCGGGGCUGAUCGGAAUUGGCUCGCUUGCUGCCUCUGCUUGUCUUCCACUCAUGGUGGUUGUAACGGGCCCUGGUAGUGCGUUCGCCUUGGGUUGGUACUGGCGAGAGCACGUCUUAUCCUCUCACUAGUGAAUUUAUGGAGAGUGUGAACUGAGAUCCUAUUGUCUUCCGAGGGUACCUGGUUAGAAAGUCAAG